AUGAAUGACUGCCCUUCACCUGAGAUUAUAGACGCUGCCCGAGAAUCUUGUGGAAUCUCUCACGCAACAGAGGAAGACUAUUUUCAGUGGGACCCUCAAGGCCGAGGGGAUCUCUGGAUAUGUAACCAGAGAAGAACUGUCGAAUGGUUUGUUGGCGGGCAAUCCAUCCGAAAGUUCUCCUAUGACCAGUCAGUUAUCAAGGCGGGAUUUGUCAAUUUUGCGACGGUUUCUAACUGCUUGGUUAUUAUCUUCAAGGAUGUUGCUUAUGUUUACUAUCUUUCUAACGGCGAUUCUACCACGGUAUGCUUUCCCUUCAAUAUAUCUAACGCAUUUUGGUACUCUCAGGGUGUUGUACUAGAGAGACAGAGUUGUUUGGCACGUUUGGAGUCGCCGGAAAUGGAAGCUCAACACAAGUUCAUUACGUUAUCAGAUCCGAUGGCACCUUUCGGAUUCAUCACAUUCUCAGCUCAACAGAAGAAUGAUGAUGGCCUGCGCAAUUUUCGGAUGUUAAUGUUUCCCAAGGAUGAGGACCAUAAUAUUACUGUACUCUAUGACGUCCAUCAGUUAAAACUACAUUUCUACUACACAACGGUGUUGGACAUAGACCCUGAAAUUGAGUCUGGCAAGAAGGAUUAUAUCGCCAAUUCAGGCAGCCCCACAAAUGUGGUGGAUCCCUCCAAAAACCUCAGGAAAAUAUCAAUCCUUAAUCGGAGGGUUAAUUCAACUACUACGGCUCAUGAAAUCAAUGACAGCGCUCAAACCGAUGGCAUUAACGCUUUUCAGCCUGGUGCUAAGCCCACUAGAAGCAUGUCUGCAACAGUGGAUCGCAUGAGUGGCUCGUCCACGUCCCCAACUGUGGACUUUUCCGCUAAUCCUAUACAGCAACCGCAGCAGCAGAGUGAUUUCUUGAGUCAAACGAUCUCAUCGAAAAAUGUUCAGUUAACGAAGAUAUCUUCCAUGACCUUACCACAUCAAUCUGCGCAGGAGAUCGAAAUUUUGCAGUGUGUUGCACUACGUCUCCAGGACCAAGAAGCAAUUACUAUUUUUGACGGUGCGUCGAAUUUCUCAAAGGUCUGGAUUAUAGAUUUGAUUCCAGAUGUUAUUAACUCUAUUUCUUUCAGGUUAUAUGGCAAUUCGCCUCAAGAAUUGAUAAGACUAUCGAACUUGGAUACACAGCAACCGGUAGAUGAUAUCUUGCCUUUCUGCUCGACGAAAAUUACUGGAACAUUGGCAUUGAUGUUCGACAAUAGAAAAAAGAUCUGCUUAUACAACCCCUUCGUGGAACUGGAAACCCCACAAUUAGAAUUACCAAGUGAAAAUCUUUGCUUCAUUUCGGAUGAGAAAAUGAUAUUCAAGGAUUUUGACUUGAGUACAAAAUGUGGGCAUUACGAAGCCAGAAGCGACUUUCCUUAUCCUCAUAAGAGUAGCAUUAAGCUCUGCUUCGAGGCAAUCAAAUGGAUUUGCCCGCCGGGGGUUUUUUAUGCUAUCAUAUUUUUAUGGCAAUUUGUGGUAUCAAACCAUGAUUGGCCUCGACAAGAUCGGGAAUUUCUCGGUUUGAAAUACAUCAUAUCAUCAUUGAUUUCACCAGCUGACGAAAGGAUUACCAUAAAUUUAUCCCAAAUUAAUGCCUUCAGAUAUUUAACCUCAGCGGAUCCGAGCUGUUUAGUCCCCAAAAUAAUCAUGGGUUUACAUUUGGUGCGAGAAGAAUUAGCAUUGAAUAUACUUGCAAAGAAAGAUGUACAGCAGCUUGGAGAUUUUUUAUUCUUCGCAACUUCCAAGAUGGGGUGGCCAGCGGAAUGGAGACUGUAUUAUGGAAAUGGAAGCAUGGAAUUGGACUCUAAUUUGAUUGUUGAGAGCUUCGCGCACCCUUUGGAUGAGCCGCCCUCAAUACUGAAGUCACUAUAUAGUGUGACAGAGAAUAGCCAACUCCCGACAACUCCCUUCAUUUGUUUCUCUAGAUUAGCUGAGCGGGAUUCACAAGUGGAUCAGUUGGUGACACCGAAGACUUUCAAGACGUUGCGACUGUACGAGCUGACCAGGGCUUCCAAUUAUACUGAUGAGUAUUUGAUGGAAAUCCUGACAAAGCUGCAAAUAGACAAGGAAGAUAUAGAGACCUAUCCACUUGGCGUCAUGACACCUCUGCGGAAAAUUUUAGGCCUGAUUGAGCAAAGACUAUCACGGAUCAACGUAAACCUCGACAUGUCAACAAUAUCGAGGCCAGAUAUAGAAAGAUGCAUGGCAAUGGUAAAGCAAAUUGAUAAAGACAUUGAAAGUUCACAUCGCCGAUUCCAGGCUUUUAAACCAUACUACAUUAAGGGAGAAUCAAAGCCUGAAUCAAAAGGCAUUUACACAAUUCUUACAGACGUCAUUAAAAGUACGCGCCAAUUCACGCUGGAGAAAACAUCGUUCACUGACAAUAACCAUAUGGAUGAUUUUGACGAAGGAUCCACAUUAAAAAGAAAUGCCGGCAUGAUCUUUUCAGAGGACCAUAGGCUCAAUUACGUCCUUUCUUUAUUGACGUACUACAGGCCGCACAAGGUACAUUUCAUCUCAAAAGAAUCCAACUACAGAAAGCUUCUCAAUCAGAAAAAGAUGGUCGCCAAGAUAAUGUCUAUAAGAACAUGUACUUCUGGUAUCGGAUUUGGUGCUGUUGCAUAUGCGACGGAGAAGCCACUAGUGACACAAAAGUGGAGCCGACAACAGUUAAAUUUCUCGUACAUCUUCCCGGAUGGAAGCAAACUGUCCGUGCAAGCAUCAGACCUGAAUACAGAAAUGAUUGAAUGGGGCGAUUUUCAUAGUGGAGUCAGUUCCGGGCUAAGGAUUUCGAAAAAGGCAAAGGGAAUUAACGGCAGCUGGAUAGCUUUUAGCAGGCCCAAAAUUUUAGAUGCCCAACUCGGUGGAUUUUUACUGGGACUCGGGCUUAAUGGCCACCUAAGCGGCCUCGAGGAGUGGCAUGUUUACAACUAUUUGAGCCCAAAAAAGUCGCCAGUUAGUAUCGGACUGCUUUUAGGCAUGAGCGCAAGUAUGAGAGGAACUAUGGAUUUAAAGCUAACAAAAGUUCUAAGUGUGCACACAGUGGCAUUUUUGCCCCCAGGUUCAAGCGAUUUGAAUAUCAAUUUGAGAGUACAAACCGCUGGUCUGAUUGGAAUGGGGUUAUUAUACUUAAAAUCGCAACAUAGAAGGAUUACCGAUGUUCUGUUCUCUCAACUUCCAACCUUCAUAAUGAUCAACGAGGAGCCGGUCAGCGAUGAAGGUUACCGUCUCGCGACUGGAAUAGCCCUGGGUCUAAUCAACCUUGGUGCCGGUAAAUCGAAUGGCGACUUGGAUUUCUCAGGGCAUGCAGAUCGAGAUGAUGCGCCAGAUUUUUCUUCAAGCAAUGCGACAGGCCCUGAUGAGAGGGUUGUGAUCGGACUUCUACAAUUUGUAAGGGAGAAUCGCGACGUAGAGGAGAGCUGGAUACCAGAGAAUUCUCAAACAGGGGCCAUCAUAGCCCUGAUGCUGAUUUUUCUAAAGACGCACAACAGAUAUAUCUCGAAUUCAAUAAAGCCCAAGCUAGAUCAAACAUCGAAUAUCCGUCCUGAGCUAUUCAUGUAUAGAGAAUGGGCUUAUUAUAUGAUUAUGUGGGACGAAAUAGGCCGGGACCUGAGCUUUAUGUUGGAUGGCCUGGGAAAGUGUGUCGAGCCGGAGAUCACAACAGACAAUUUAGCGACAUACUACACGAUUGCUGGGCGUAUCCUUGCCAUAGGUAUCAGGCAUGCAUCAACGGGGGACAGGGUUAUACGUGAUUCGCUGUUGUUAUUAAUGGAUAAGUUCCUUCCCUUUUACCAAUACCCAGGUACAGAAAGACUAGAUUUUCGAUUAUCAAUAGAUGGGAUAAACACUUUAAUCAACGUUCUCUCAGUAUCAGUCAGUAUGGUUAUGUGUGGAACUGGGGAUUUAAGUGUCAUGAGACGUUUGAGAUAUCUUGAAGAAGUCACUACAGGGCGGUUUUCUGAUUUGUUCAAAACUUCAGCGAUUCGAUUGAAGAGAAGGAUCAUUGAUCCAAGCGAGGCGGAAGAUCUGCAAGUCGAGGGAGAAGCGGAUAUAUCUGGAGAUACAGGUUCUCAAUCUGAAAAUGAGUUGAAUGAGGGCGAACAGGAAACAAUUGCUGAUGGUACUCAACUGAGCGAUCUACUCAAUGAGGAAAAUCAUUUUGCCAAGUUUUUGGCCACUAAUCUUUCCUUGGGCUUUUUGUUCCUAGGUUCGGGACAAUACGCCUUGAAGACAUCCGAAUUGGAGUGCAUCGCACAUCUUAUAAUUACAGCUCUGCCGACUUACACUUCCAAAUGUCCAUUGCAGGAGACAAAACAUUUUUGGAGUAUGGCUGUAGAGCCACGAUGUCUAGUGAUCAGGGACGCAUCGACUGAGAAGAUCAUAAAUAAUGUUCCUUUCGAAGUCACAGUCAAAGUAAACGACUCCUUUGAUGAGACGAGAUCUCUGGUGGCUCCAUGUCUAUUGCCUGAUAUCAGAAAGCUGCGAUCUUUGAGGAUCAACAAUGCUGAAUAUUUUCCCUUGGAGAUUAAAUUCGACAAUAAUUUAUCGGCAGCUGAUUUCUUUCAAAAUGGGACUAUACUUUAUAUCCAGCCUAAGAAACAUAACGGAUUACCCACGGAAAGUUUCCCAUCUAGAUCACAUCAGGCCAAACAGAUUGAAAGGGCUCUUAAAGCGAGAAUGGAGGCUCUGGAUAAGGAUCUCGAAAGGGACGAACUCUUUUUGGAUGGCAGCUCAACAGACCGGCUGAUAGAUCGAUGGGGUUUCGAAGAUACCACAAUGGCGGAACUGAGAACAAUGACAACAGAAAGUCUCUCAACGGAACAUGGAAUAUAUGGUUACGACCUCGAUAUGCUGUGCUCAGAUGUUAAUAAUGGUGAUGUCGGUGAUUAUCAGCUGGAGAUCUGGAGAAAGAAGCAAAAGAUAUGA